UGUUAAGCUAGUGCUGGGCUUUGCUCCCACCCCGGCACUGCCUCUGGGUGCGAAUCCCAGCUCAGUCACCCUCCUCCUUCCCACUCCCUCCGGGAAGGGAACGUGCAAACUGCUGCCAGUUUCCAAUCCCUCCCAAGUCCAGCAAGAGCUGUGGGAGAAGGCUGCGAUCCGCAGCCAUGGAGGGGGUCUGUGGCAGGGCCGUGCCUGUCGAUGUUGCCAGAAAAGCAUUUCUGGAGCAAAAGCAUUGCUGAUAAAAACCCAAAUGACUCGGUGACUUUCAUUUUUGAGUGGAGGCAGCUCAGGAGGAAACAGUUGGCAGGCUGGGACGCAGAGUGACGUUUUUGUUUCAUUUUUGAACAGGGAAAUGCAUAGUUCGGAUCGGGGUGGCCCCUCUGGAUGCACUACAUGACGGCUGAGCAGCCGCUGCCCCAGCCCUGAGCCCAUGAGUUCGGAGCCUCCAGGUUGUUCUCCAGUGAAGAGGAUGCUCUCCAGUUUCCACCUCCGCUGCUCUCUGCUGGCUUUUAUCAUUUAUGGUUUAGUUUUCCAAGUUCGCGAGCUGCAGUCAGCUCUGCUCAAUGUGACAGGACCCCCUGGCCCCAUCACCGUGGCCAUGGGCGAGGAUGUGGUGUUGCCCUGCUGCUUCUCCGCAGAGCAGAGCGCGCAGGACACGGAGGUGAUCUGGUUUCGGGAACACUUCUCGCCCUUUGUGCAUCGCUACAAGGGGGGCCAGGACCAGUAUGGGGAGCAGAUGCUUCAAUACCAAGGGCGCACCAAGCUGCUGAAGGACGGCCUCGCCAAGGGCAGCGUGGACUUGAAAAUUUUCCGUGUCCAACUGUCUGACAGAGGGAAUUACACCUGCUUUAUUCACCGUGACUCGGAUUACGAUGAGGCUGUGGUGGAGCUGAAGGUGACAGCCAGCGGCUCUGCCCCGCUCAUCACGCUGGAGCGCUACCAGGACGGGGGCAUCCGGGUGGCCUGUCGCUCAGCCGGCUGGUACCCGCAGCCCCAGGUGCUGUGGCGAGAUCCCCAUGGGCGGCAUCUCCCAUCCCUCUCGGAAAACAUUACCCAGGAUAAGAGCGGACUCUUUGCAGCGGAAAGCAGCAUAAUCCUCACCAGGGGCGCGAACCAGAAACUCUCCUGCUCGGUUCGACAUGUCCUGCACAGCCAGGAACAGGGAUCAGCUUUUUAUAUAGCAGAUCCCUUUUUCCAGAACGCCCAUCCUUGGAUGACUGCCUUGUGUGUGGUCCUGGUUGCUGUGGUGGCUCUCCUUAUUAUUGCCGUUUACCUAUUUAAAAUUAAAGGAAAGCAUGAGCAAAAAAUAGCGAUGCAAGAGGCAGCACUGCAGGACCGUGAUGCAGAAAUCGAGAAACAAGCUGAAGAACUCGGUGAGUAUUGUUCUCCUUCCUACACACGAGACUUUUCAGUUGGGCCAUGUUCUCAUCUGGGUUUUGCAUCGUGGAGAAAAUACGCAGUGCCUAUAGAAGAAGUGAAGGUGGUUCUGGAUCCAGACACAGCCCACUGUGACCUUGUCCUGUCUGACGAUUGCAAAAGUGUGAAACGAGAAGACACGCUGCAGGACCUCCCCGACAUCCCUGAGAGAUUUAACCCGUGGCGCUGUGUGCUGGGCCGUGAAGGCUUCACCUCAGGGAGAUACUACUGGGAGGUGGAGGUAGUGGAUGGAGGAGGAUGGACUGUGGGUGUCUCUCGACAAGAUGUGAAAAGGAAGGGCGAUAUUGAGUUUAAACCUGAGCAGGGCAUCUGGGCACUGGGGCAGUGGGCAGGGCACUUCCAAGCUCUCACAUCCCCUAACCGCACUCUCCUUCCUGAAAUCCAGACUCCCAAGCGGAUCCGCGUCUCUCUGGAUUACGAAGAGGGACGGGUUACAUUUUUCAGUGUUGACAAGGAGAUUCCCAUCUUCACAUUUCCACUGGCAUCAUUCGAGGGGAUAAGAGUCCACCCUUGGGUCUGGCUGGGUCCUGGGACGUGGCUCAAAAUGUGGCCCUGAUGAAGGGGAGAGAGUAAAAGGAGGCUUUUUUGAGGGGACCUCAGGAGUUCAGACUCACGGAAGGAUUUAGUUUGGAAGGAACUUGUGGAGGUUUCUGUUGCAAUCAGCUGCUCAGAGCAGGGCUAACCUCAAAGCUGCCUUAGGUGUCUUUGGACCUUGUUCAGCUGAAUUGUGUAGGAUCUCCAAGGGUGGAGAUCUUGUUACCUCUCUGGACCUCUGUCCUGGUGCUGCACCUCCCUCAAGGGGAAGGAUUAACACUUUAUGUUUGGUCAGAGUUUCCCUGAUUGCAGCUCGUGACUGUCGCCUUUCAUCCUCGCUCUCUUACCUGUUGAACAACACUUCCACUGAAAAGACACUCCUGCAACAGGGAUCACUUUUUAAACCUACAGAAUAAAGUUACUUCAGCGGGA